ACCACUGGAUCAUGUCAUCCGCUGGGUCAACCAACCACAACACGCGUCUGGCAUCGGAGACGGACAACUCUCAGUUGGUGCUGGAUAACAGUUCUGCCCAGAACCUGAAACUACGGGAGAGACAGCGCUUUUUUGAAGAGGUCUACCAGCAUGACACGGACAACUACCUGCCUUCUACUCACUUACAGGUCAACUGCAGGAAACCCCCUAUGGGCAGUAUCUCCUCUAUGGAGGUGAAUGUGGAUGUCCUGGAGCAAAUGGAUUUGAUGGACAUAUCUGACCAGGAGGCUCUUGACGUGUUUCUCAACUCAGGCUCUAGUGCAGACGAGGGUGUGCUGGCAUCUCCGCUACCAGAGGGUGAGAACAAAGAUGAAGAAGCAGAGGGUGAAGAGUUUGUCUACAGGGAGCGUGCACCUUUGAAACGGCAAAAUGAAGUUUGCUGCAGCUCAAAGUCUCGCAUGUCCUCUACAUCAUCUGGUUCGAGUGAUACCAGUGUGGGUGGAAUCGACACACCUGUAAUUCAGUCAGACGAUGAAGAGGUCCAUGCCGACACCCUGCUGCUGACCUCUGUUCCCCAAACCAGGGAUGAAGACACAGAGGAGGAAGAUGAGGAGCAAAGAUGCUUUGGAACUAAAUCAUCAUAAAGACUGAGAUUUACUCUGUAUAAAGAUAAACAGAGAAGGUAAAAGAGUGUGAGAUCUCGCUCUCUCCGUCUCCCUACAUUUGCAUUCUUUUCUUUGGGGGAAAACCCUUGCAUGGUUGACCUGGCUGUCAUUUGCUGUCUCCUGAAUGUAAAAAAAAAAAAAAAAAAUCUACUCUAUUUUUAUUAGGUACUGAUAAAUGCCCAGUGUUCAUUGAAAUUCUUGGCAAAGGUGUUUUCUCACCCCCAUGCACUAGCAUGUUUUGGCUGAGAUUAAACAACUGUUAGUUCAGGUUUUGUUCCUCUUACUGCCAGAGGGAAGCCUUCCUCCUGACAAUCUAAUGUCUUGAAAGCACAGGUGUUCAACAGCCAUGUGAACCAGGAAGGCUGCAGUGCAUCUUUAUUAACAGACUUUUCCAGAGAGCUACUGUAAAAUGGCAGACAGUCACAUCCACUGUAGCGAGCUAAAGCAUUUAGUUUAUUGUUGCCUGAUCCACUUUUCCCGUGCAAAGAUACAGCUAAGUGCAGGACUCAUGCAUGUUCUUCUUGUAUUUUGCUUGAGAUCAACAUGAGGCAGAAAUGAUGCACUGUGAUCAGAACCCAACAGAAAGUUUCAUUUCUCUGACAACUUGUCACGUGCAUGUGCAAAAUAUUCACAGUAUCAUGUAAAUGUGUUUGCAAAAGCAUGCCAUUUUGUUCUUGUUAGUGCCUACUUUAUGUUUUCACUCCUGUUACUACACUUUGCAUUACUGAUCUAUGCAGGCAAUACCUGUACUUAAUAACCAAGUUAAUUACUAUGUUCCUUGUCUCCGUGUGAGAUGUGAUUGGAGAAUUGGAUGCAGACUAUAGGAUCACAGGAGGAAUGAAUGAUUCAGCCGACCAAGAUUUGUUUGUUUAUGUGUCCGCUCAUAAGUAUAUGUGAGAAUAUUGGUACGUGGGUGUGUGAAUGGUUAACAUUAAGAAGUAACAGGUAUUCCACCUAUAGCUACUUUCAAAAUAACCUUUUUUCAGUGUUAAUCAUGAUGUGUAUCUCCUCUCUAUUUGAAUAUCUUGCUAUGAACAAAAUAAAAGUGAAGCAAAAGGUAAAUCUGUCUGUGUUG